CGUCGCCUCACUCAUCCCAAACCGCAAUCCCGCAAUCCCAUCCAUCAUCCACACAACACGAGCCACAGAGCCCCAUCUCUGCCUGUCCGUAAUCAACCGCGCGCUACACCUUGUCUUUCUCUCGGCCCGCUCGUGCCUUUUUUUAUUUGAUAGCCAUCCUCGUCGUCUUCCACCCCUCGGCCUAUUCUUUUGUCGCGUGCGCGCCCGUCAAUUAGCGCGCCAAUAUCGAGAAAAAGUGGCUGCGAUCACCCAGACCGAUACCGAAUUAUCCAUUCAACAGCAUCUGGCUCUUGCACCGGACCUUCUGCAGUAUAAUCGCCUGGCUAUCGACACCGAAUCUGAUACACCGUUGACGAUGGCGGCACAGCCUGUGCCUCAUCUGUCGACGGACAAGAAACGAGUCAAGGUUUAUGAGCUGCGCAACAAUGACUGGUUUGACCGUGGUACCGGCUUCUGUACUGCCGCCUUCAAUAUUUCUGAAGAUGGCCAGCAACGAGAGCCGCGAGUAAUCGUAGAGUCCGAGGAUCAACCUGAUCGUGUAUUACUAGAGACAAGAAUUUGUAAAGAAGAUGGCUUUCAUAAACAGCAGGAAACUCUGAUCGUCUGGACCGAACCGACUAGUGGCGUGGAUAUGGCCCUUAGUUUUCAGGAAGCCGAGGGCUGCGCUAUCAUAUGGAAGUUCAUUAAUAGCAUUCAGCAACAAUGCCAUUCCAUGAAUGCACCAGAAGACAGCCUAUCUGAAGAUCUCACCAUGGAAAUGCCAAAUCCUAUCUCCCUUCCACCAGCUUCGAUGGCUAACCUUGCCGAGAUCGAAUCGCAAAUGCGCGGGUUUAGCGGAACAGCUAAUGGCCGCGAUGCCCUCACAAAAUACGUACUAACCGAGAAUUUUAUCGGCAAGCUGAUUCCAUUGGUUUCUGAUGCGGAGGACCUCGAAAGCCUCAACGACCUCCAUCGUCUCUGUAACAUUAUGAAGAUCGUCACCCUUCUCAACGAUACGAGUAUUAUAGAACAUGCCGUAUCGGACGAGUGCGUGAUUGGCGUCGUGGGCGCGUUGGAAUACGACCCGGACUUUCCUAGUCAUAAAGCAAACCACCGUCAAUGGUUAGAGGGCGAAGGUAGAUAUAAGGAGGUCGUGCGUAUUGAAGAUUCCCAGAUAUUGAAAAAGAUCCAUCAAACGUAUCGGCUCCAAUACCUGAAAGAUGUCGUGUUGGCACGAAUCCUAGACGAUAAUACGUUUUCCGUCUUGAAUUCGCUCAUCUUCUUCAACCAGGUCGAUAUCGUACAACAUCUACAAUCCAAUGGGAUUUUCUUGGCCGAGCUAUUUAACAUAUUCAAGUCGCCCCUACCCGACCCGAAGCGUAAGAAAGAAGCGGUACUUUUCAUCCAGCAGUGUUGUGGAAUUGCCAAAAACCUGCAACCUCCGGCUCGCCAGACUCUGUAUAACAACUUCCUCGCCCAUGGCCUUCUUCAAGUUAUUAACUUUGGCUUGCGACACGGCGAUGUGGCGGUCCGAGUUGGUGCUACCGACAUAUUGGUAUCGAUGAUUGAUCACGAUCCGCAGAUGAUCCGAGCCAUGAUAUACCGGCAGCUUUCAGAACAACAACCGCCUCUGACGGACUCGUUGAUCGAUUUGCUUUUAGUAGAGGUCGAUCUGGGUGUCAAAUCGCAAAUAUCUGAUGCAUUGAAGGUACUUCUUGAUCAGGGCCCGCCGCCUCAACAAGAAACGUAUACGAAAGCGAACGGCGAAUAUGGUGUUAGGGCUGCGUCUAGAAUAGCGCCGACCGCAGAUCCGCAACAGGAUCAUCUUCUGAACAGCUUCUACGAAUUUUCGGCCGGCAAGCUGUUCAAGCCCUUACUUAAUUUAAAGGGCAGAACCACCAUGGAAUUCACAGUCCAGCAAGCGUCGAUGUUCACAUAUCUGAUCGAGAUCCUUUGCUUUUUCAUCCGGCAACAUCAACAUCGUAGCAAAUUUUUCGUCUUAAAUAACGAUAUUGUCGUGCGCAUCAGCCAACUUCUAGGCUGUCCAGAGAAAUUCCUGAAACUUGUUGCCAUCCGGUUCCUUCGUCAGCUCAUUGGCCUGCAAGACGAAUUUUAUAUCAAACAUGUGUCGGAGAAGAAGGUCAUCGGCCCAAUCCUGGAUGUCCUUAUUGAAACUAUGCCGAGGGACAAUCUGCUUAGUUCUGCGUGUUUGGAGUUCUUCGAAUUCAUCAGGAAGGAAGAUAAUAUCAAGGAACUGGUGAAACACAUUGUCGAGAAUUACCGUGAUAAAGUGCAGGCACUUGCCUACUUGGAUCUGUUUAGGGCCAUGUUGAUCCGGUAUGAUCAGACCGGAGGAUUCAGCGUGAGCAUGGACUAUUUCAUAGAAGUUGAUGAUGAACCCAGGAAACGGCAAAACAUCAUCAAUCCAAAGACUGGGGCUUUAAUGGAACACCUUGCUAUGGACCAAGCCGAGGAGGAAUAUUGGAAUACUUCUGAUGAUGAGGAAGAAGACAUGCAAGGAAAACCUGGAAACCGAGCAUCCAUGAACGGGGGUUCACCAAACGCGAAGCCACUAGUUGAUUAUGCAUCGGAUGAAGAGGGAGACGAAAAUCUGGAAGCCGGGGCGCUUUCGGCAGAAGAAGAUAGGCAAGAUGGUGGGCUAAGAAGGACGGGUCAAAGCCCGAGAAGUGUCGCCCCUCCAUUAGAACGUUUGUCUGAAAAAAGACGGCGCGAAGAGGACGAGGAGGACGACUUAAGCAAGAUGGUCCAGCACAAACGUCGGAAUAGCACCUCAGCCAGCUCCAAUUCCUCCGCCGUCUCCGGCAUCCUCAGGAAGAAAAAGAGCGUCUCUGGUGCUCGUGAUGCUGGGGGUGGCCCAAGAAAGAUCGCUAUUAGUCUUUCUCCAAACUUAAAGAGUGGCAACGCACAGGGCCACGGUCGGUCGGAUGGCGAGGCGUGAAGAGAGCCAGAAUCGACUAAUUUCAGUACCUUACUAACGCUCUGGCAUGAUCGGGUUUCGGCAUAUCUAUAACGAUAGGGAAGGGGGCCGGCGUUUGGCGAGAGGAUCCUUUUUUUCGAGCCCGCUUGUCUGAUAGGGAUGAAACCCAGGUGCAAUGGAGGCAAAGGAGCGAGUGGUUAUCCAGGGUCAAGAUCAGUUUCUCACAUUGAACCAAUCCAAAGUAUCGAGGUUGCCGCUGUCGAGGGAGGUUAGUUAAGGAAGUGUGUGGCCUACUGUGGAACCCGAUUUCUACUGGCUAGGAGAAUGUCUCGUCAGUGUACUAUUAGGUAUUAUUACGAGUUGCCCCGACGAACAACCCGGGGUCUGGCAAGACGCGAUCCGGGUAGAGAUUGAUGGGCGGGGUAGCAUAAACAAAAUAAGAAAUGCAAAGCUAGUUCGGUGAUCCAUU